GGCCCUCCGGUACACAGAUGCGCCGCUGCCAUUUCUUGCUCGGCCCAAUCGCCGACUCCCACUCUCCACUGCGGCCACAGCUCCGGCGAGAGGGAAUCGCCGGUCCCGGCCAUGCGGGUGCUCCCGCUGGCCCUCGCCGCCGCCAUCUUCUCCGGCGUCACGGCCAUCCUCAUCUACCUCACCGGGCUCUCCUCAUAUGGCGGCGCGGGGCUCUCGGAGGCGGACCUGGCGGCGCUCGCCGCGCUGCAGGGAGGGUUCAGCAAGUGCGUGGAUGCUAAUGGUCUAGGACUGCAAGCGUUUGGCGGAGAAGAUUACUGUCGUGUUGUUAUACAGUACCCGAGUGACACGGUUUCUAAAUGGACAGAUCCAAAAACUGGAGAGUCUGAAGGGUUGGCAUUUGAGUUCAAUCUCUGCGAAGCUGUGGCCUCAUGGGAGCAGGUUCGCAACAGUACCACAAUACUCACAAAAGAGUACAUUGAUGCAUUACCAAAUGGCUGGGAGGAGUAUGCAUGGCGCAGGAUCAACAAAGGAAUCCUUCUGAAUAAGUGCAAGAACAGGACUCUUUGCAUGGAGAAGCUUUCAUUGGUUCUCCCUGACACAUCACCAUAUGUACCUCAGCAAUUUGGUAGCUGUGCCGUUGUGGGUAACUCUGGGGAUCUUCUUAAAACUAAAUUUGGGGAUGAGAUUGAUUCUUAUGAUGUUGUCAUUAGAGAAAAUGGUGCACCUGUCCAGAACUACACGGAAUAUGUUGGUGAAAAGAGUACAUUUCGCCUUCUUAACAGAGGAUCUGCAAAGGCACUGGAUAAAGUUGUUGAGUUAGAUGAAACAAAAAAGGAGGCAUUGAUAGUUAAGACAACAAUACAUGAUGUCAUGAACAAGAUGAUUCGGGAACUUCCAAUAACCAAUCCAGUAUACCUCAUGCUAGGAACAUCAUUUGGUUCCUCUGCUAAAGGAACUGGGCUUAAAGCUCUUGAAUUUGCUCUCUCCAUCUGUGACAGCGUUGACAUGUAUGGCUUUACAGUAGACCCGGGCUACAAGGAAUGGACGAGAUACUUUUCAGAGUCCAGAAAGGGACACACUCCACUACAUGGCAGAGCAUAUUAUCAAAUGAUGGAAUGUCUUGGUCUUGUAAAAAUCCAUUCGCCAAUGCGGGGUGAUCCUGGUAGGGUAGUGAAGUGGCUGCCUACCAAGGACAUCAUUGAAGCUGCUAGAGUUGCUUCAGAGAAGUUGUUGAAGAGACCUGGGGCUGGAAGCGUUGACCCUCUGAGGACUUGCACCAUGAUAAAGAAGCGCAAGAACGGAAAGGCGCCAAACAGAUCCGGCCUCCGAGAUGCUGCCACGAAUCACCUUCGGUACAUGAAGGGCGCCACCAGGUAUCCCCUGGAACGGAGCGCUGGGGGUGGUUACCUCUGCAUGAUCAAUGAUAGAUAGCGCUAACAGCUCCACAAAUUCCCAUUAGAAGACACACCCUAGAUGAUUGCGAAACACCACAGAACUCAUCGUGCCUCGAAGAGAACUGGCCGCGAAUCACUUCCACUGGCACACAGUUUUAUGCAGCGUCGAUCGGCGUGCGUGCAGCAUUGAAUAUUUAUUUGAAGUAGGAUCAUUUUCCACACACUUUGGUAGACGAUUUUGGGCAUGAGCUCUCAAGGGUUUGUGGCAUACACCAAGUUUUCGGAUGGUGCUUGUUUGUCUAACAGAAUGAACAUAUAAUUUGCCCCCUGUAACUAGAAGUUAUUUUUUUUCUGGCAUGAACUGUUCCAUUGGAAUUAUUACAUCCAGAAGCUUGUAAACUGCUUGGAAGUAUAUUUACCUGCUGCCAUGUCAAAA